CGAAUGACUAGGUGGAUGUGCUCCCAUGAGUGUUCCGUCCAACCCAUCCAGUUCCUACUGCUGGUGGGGGUCCCAGUGGCGAGUGCCCUCCUUCUGGUCCAGUGCCUUCGAUGGCACUGCCCUCACUGGCUGCUGAGGGCCUCCUGGAAGCUGGAUAACCAAGGGGAGCCAGUGUCCCAUCCCACUCCUCUUCCAGAAAAUGAGUCCCCAAGGCAGUGCCCGCCAGCCACGCUGCCGGAGAUGGCUGCCUUCUACCAGGAACUACACACACCCACUCAAGGCCAGACCGUCGUCCGUCAGCUGAUGCACAAGCUGCUGGUGUUUUCGGCUCGAGAGGUGGAUCACCGUGGCGGCUGCCUGAUGCUCCAAGACAUGGGUAUCUCUCUGCUCAUCCCGCCAGGUGCUGUGGCUGUGGGCCGCCAGGAGCGGGUAUCGCUGAUCCUGGUGUGGGACUUGUUGGAUGCCCCAUCGCUGUCCCGAGCCCAGGGGCUGGUGAGCCCUGUGGUGGCAUGUGGCCCCCACGGGGCCUCUUUCCUGCAGCCCUGCACCCUCACGUUCAAGCACUGUGCCCAGCAGCCCAGCCAUGUACGCACCUACAGCAGCAACACGACCUUGCUCGAUGCCAAGGUCUGGAGGCCCCUGGGACGGCCAGGGGCCCACAGCUCCAGGGAUGAGUGUCGCAUCCACCUCUCUCACUUCAGCCUCUACACCUGUGUGCUGGAGGCCCCCGCGGGCCGGGAAGUCCGCAAAUGGCUGCAGCUGGCCGUGUUCUGCUCGCCGCUGGCGCCGGGACAGUCCCACCUGCAGCUGCGCAUCUACUUUCUCAACAACACGCCGUGCGCCCUGCAGUGGGCCAUGGCCAACGAGCAGCCCCACGGCGGGCGCCUGCGUGGGCCCUGCCAGCUCUUCGACUUCACGGGGGCCCGAGGGGACCAGUGCCUGAAGCUCAAGUACAUCUCUGAGGGUUGGGAGAAUGUGGAUGAGAGCAGUUACCAGCUGGUUCCCCAUCUCCACAUCUGGCAUGGAAAGUGCCCCUUCCGUUCCUUCUGCUUCCGGAGGAAAGCAGCCAAUGAGAAUGAGGACUGCUCAGCGCUUACCAAUGAGAUCAUUGUCACCAUGCACACCUUCCAGGACGGCAUGGAGGCCAAGUACAUGGAAAUCCUCAGAUUCCAGGCAUCAGAGGAAGAAUCCUGGGCGGCGCCACCCCCUGUCUCUCAACCACCCCCAUGCAACAGGCUGCCUCCAGAGCUCUUUGAGCAGCUGCAAAUGUUGUUGGAGCCAAACAGCAUCACAGGCAAUGACUGGCGUCGCCUGGCCUCCCACUUGGGGCUCUGUGGCAUGAAAAUCCGGUUCCUGUCCUGCCAGCGCAGCCCGGCCGCGGCCAUCCUGGAGCUGUUUGAGGAGCAGAACGGCAGCCUGCAGGAGCUUCACUACCUCAUGACCGUCAUGGAGAGGCUGGACUGCGCCUCCGCGAUCCAGAACUACCUGGGUGGGACGCAAGGCGGCGGGGGCGCCCAGGAGAACCAGGGCCUGGAGUUGGACGAGAAGCUCUGA